GCACAUUAGUCAGAGAUGUUGCAAAAGCUGUUCAUCAUGACUGUCAUUAUGAUGACAAACAGUGAGCUUUUAUUCUUUGAUGUACCAACUGACUUUUCCAUCGAAGCAGGAGACAACAUCACCGGAGAGGACGGUUUGUGCGUCAGAGUGUACUGUGUUUUCACUGUCCCUAAAAGUGUCUCAGAUCCCAUUAGAAGAACCUGGUUCAAAGUAGAUCCACAAAACUCAUCUGCUGAAGUUUAUAAUUUUAACACUAAUACUGGAUUUCGUCAAAAUGAGAAAGAGUGCAGCUUCGGGCUAAACCAGUUGGUUCAGGGCAAAUCUGAUGGUGAAUACAGAUUAAAACUGGAGUGGGGAGAAGGAAACGUGUAUAGCUUUCCUCAGACAGUACAUAUUACUGUUAAAGAGCUUACCCAGAAACCAACAAUAAACGUCCCACUGCUCACAGCUGGAGAGAAGGCGGAUAUAUCAUGUAAAGUUCCAGGGGACUGCUUAAAACCCUCCGCAGAUAUUGUUUGGACCGGCAUUAGGCCUAAUGAAACUAGACUUCAAGGUGGUGGAGUGCCUGGCAAGAAUGAGGAAUUUUCUAUAAUGACUUUUUAUCCUAAGCCUGAACAUCACAAUACUAAGCUCACCUGCACAGUGACACUUCAAGGACGUAUUCAGACUGAAAGUACUGCCAUCCUCAAAGUAAGACAUUCCCCGGUAAUCCUGAACAGCUCUCGUUGUUUCGUGUGGGGUGAUGAACUGAGCUGCAUGUGUGUCAGCAGUGGUUUACCGUUACCCAAGAUAUCCUGGCCAAAACUGAACAGUACCACUAAACACUGCAGUGCCGUUUCAACAGAGAACAUCAUCAGCAUUAGCCACAUCUCUAUUGCUGGGCUUAGUGAACUCGGCGCUACCGUUGAAUGUGUCAGUAAGAAUCUCAUUGGUACGACAAAGAUGGAAAUCCAAGUGCAACAUCAUGCUGAAAACCCCCAAGAAAUAAGUUGCAGUUUGUCAACCCCUUGGAUAUUAUUUACCCUUUCGUUUGUUCUAAAUGUCAUCUUUGCUUCCUGUUUGAUCGUUGUACGGAGGAGAGAAAAAUAUAUGAAACCAGUAGAUGACAACCAUGUCUACAUGACUGCAAUGAAGAGAGAGGAAUCUGUAUAUGAGACUAUCAAAACUCAGUGA